CUCCCACCCCCGCAGCCCUGGACGCCGAGUAGAGAGGAGAGGGGUCACAGGGACCAGGAGGGCAGUACGAACAGGAGGACCUUGAGACCCCACCCCAGCUGGGUAGCGGACCCAGAGGGCUGCAGCCACAGGUCCACGCCCCCUUUCGCCGCGCCCGCAGCCCCGGGUCCGCGCGCGCCCACCUGGCCUAGAGCCCGAAUCCCACCUCUACCGGGUCCAGGGCCAAUCGGCCGCGCCCCGCCUCCUGGGAGGUGGGGGAGGAGGGGGUUGGGGGCCGGGCGGCAGCUCCCGCCUCUAGCUCGUGCCCAUUGGCUGGGGCCUCGAGGGUGCCCGAAGACCGGAGUGCAGUUUGAUUGGCCGCAGAGGCUCAUGACAGCGGCGCCCAUUGGCUGUGGCAGCCCCCGUGACGCGGGGUGGCGACUGGCUCCCGGGUCUGAGGGGCUCCUGCUUGUCAGGUUCUAGCUCAUGUUUUCUGGCCAGACCUGUGGUCAUUCCCGUGAGACUUUACUGCACAUUUUCUCAAGUGUCUUCCUCAUCCCUAAUGUGUAAUCCUUCAACAUGGACCUGCUACUUUAGCUGAGAUAUGACCAGCAAUGAAUAGUAGUAAGAUAUGUGCUGAUUAGAAGGCUCACAGUGCAGUGUGGAGGAUAAGACAGUGCCUUACAAAAUGGGGUUUGGGAGUGACCUGAAGAAUUCACAUGAAGCUGUGCUAAAAUUGCAAGACUGGGAAUUACGGUUACUGGAAACAGUGAAGAAAUUUAUGGCCCUGAGAAUAAAAAGUGAUAAAGAAUAUGCAUCUACUUUACAGAACCUUUGUAAUCAAGUUGAUAAGGAAAGUACUGUUCAAAUGAAUUAUGUCAGCAAUGUAUCCAAGUCUUGGCUACUUAUGAUUCAGCAGACGGAACAGCUUAGUAGAAUAAUGAAGACACAUGCAGAGGACCUAAAUUCUGGACCCUUACACAGGCUCACUAUGAUGAUCAAAGACAAGCAGCAGGUGAAGAAAAGUUUUAUAGGUGUUCAUCAGCAGAUAGAAGCAGAGAUGAUCAAGGUUACAAAGACAGAAUUAGAGAAAUUAAAAUCCAGCUAUAGACAGUUAAUAAAAGAAAUGAAUUCUGCCAAAGAGAAAUAUAAAGAAGCUUUAGCUAAAGGGAAAGAAACCGAAAAGGCCAAGGAACGAUAUGACAAAGCGACAAUGAAACUUCAUAUGUUGCAUAAUCAGUAUGUAUUGGCAUUGAAAGGGGCACAGCUUCAUCAGAAUCAGUAUUAUGACACCACACUUCCUUUGCUUCUGGACUCCUUACAAAAGAUGCAAGAAGAAAUGAUAAAAGCACUAAAAGGUAUAUUUGAUGAAUACAGCCAGAUAACCAGUCUUGUUACAGAAGAAAUAGUGAAUGUCCAUAAAGAGAUUCAAAUGUCGGUUGAACAGAUAGACCCUAGCACAGAAUAUAAUAAUUUCAUAGAUGUUCACAGAACAACGGCUGCUAAAGAGCAAGAAAUUGAGUUUGAUACUUCCUUACUAGAAGAAAAUGAAAAUCUUCAGGCAAAUGAAAUUAUGUGGAAUAAUUUAACAGCAGAAAGUUUACAAGUAAUGUUGAAAACUUUAGCAGAGGAACUUAUGCAGACACAGCAGAUGCUUUUAAACAAGGAGGAGGCUGUCUUGGAGCUAGAGAAGAGAAUUGAGGAAUCUUCUAAGACCUAUGAAAAGAAGUCUGAUAUUGUGCUUCUGCUAAGCCAAAAGCAGACACUUGAAGAGCUGAAGCAGUCAGUCCAGCAGCUGAGAUGCACUGAGGCAAAGUUUACGGCACAGAAAGAAUUACUAGAGGAAAAAGUACAAGAAAAUGAUGGGAAAGAGCCACCUCCAGUAGUAAAUUAUGAAGAAGAUGCACGAUCAGUUACAUCUAUGGAAAGAAAGGAGAGGCUAUCCAAAUUUGAGUCUAUUCGUCAUUCAAUUGCUGGAAUAAUUAGGUCUCCAAAAUCGGCACUGGGCUCUUCAACAUUCUCUGAUACGAUCCCUAUAAGUGAGAAGCCCCUGGCAGAACAGGACUGGUACCAUGGAGCAAUUCCCAGAAUAGAAGCGCAAGAUCUAUUAAAACAACAAGGAGACUUCUUGGUGCGAGAGAGUCAUGGGAAACCUGGUGAAUAUGUCCUUUCUGUAUAUUCUGAUGGACAAAGGAGACACUUUAUCAUACAAUUUGUUGAUAAUCUAUAUCGAUUUGAAGGCACUGGUUUUUCAAACAUUCCUCAACUUAUAGAUCAUCACUAUACAACAAAACAGGUCAUCACUAAGAAAUCAGGUGUAGUUCUGCUGAAUCCUAUUCCUAAGGAUAAGAAAUGGGUUCUCAAUCACGAAGAUGUCACAUUGGGAGAAUUACUGGGCAAGGGAAAUUUUGGUGAAGUAUAUAAGGGCAUAUUAAAGGAUAAAACUGCUGUUGCUGUUAAAACAUGUAAAGAAGACCUUCCUCAGGAACUGAAAAUAAAAUUUUUACAAGAAGCCAAAAUUCUCAAGCAAUACGAUCAUCCCAAUAUUGUCAAACUUAUAGGCGUUUGCACACAAAGACAGCCUAUCUACAUCAUUAUGGAACUGGUUCCAGGAGGUGAUUUCCUGUCCUUUCUGAGAAAGAAGAAGGAUGAAAUAAAGCUCAAACAAUUAGUGAAAUUUUCAUUAGAUGCUGCUUCUGGUAUGUCCUAUCUCGAGAGUAAAAACUGUAUACACAGGGAUCUUGCUGCAAGAAACUGCCUGGUAGGUGAAAAUAACAUUCUGAAAAUCAGUGACUUUGGAAUGUCUCGUCAAGAGGAUGGUGGAGUGUAUUCAUCUUCUGGCUUAAAACAGAUUCCCAUUAAAUGGACAGCACCAGAAGCUCUUAAUUAUGGGUACCGAAUGUCAGCCCCUCAGCAUUGCCCAGAGGACAUUUUCAAAAUUAUGACGAAGUGCUGGGAUUAUAAACCUGAAAACCGCCCCAAGUUCAGUGAACUUCAGAAAGAGCUCACUGUCAUCAAGAGGAAAAUCACACAGUGACGGAGCAGUGCCAACAGCCUCUAGGACCUGGUCCUCCAACAGAGUGACACUGUUCUUGUUAACAAUGAGUUUAUACCACAUUACCUGCAACAGUCUUCUAAAGUGAUUUUUGUUAUUAACUGUUUUUUUUUAAGUAUGUGCC